UGUAAAAUACCGCAGUGGAAUCACAUUUCGGGUAAAAACAAGUUGAAAUAUCCACCGAAUUUAAAUAUUAAAGCUACCAAAUAUCUGGAGCUACAAUUAGGGAUAAGGACAAGGACUACUUGUACGCUGGAGGAGAGCUUUUACAAGCAAUCCGGUGAAACCACAUAUAAUGACAAGUCCGUCGCGGGAUAUAAACGAUCUUUUUGACGAUAUUGUCCUGACCGAGGAGAAGGAGGCACGUUUGGGCUACGAGGAGGGACUGAAGGACGGCCAGGAGCAGGGCAACGAAGAGGGCUACAAAUUAGGCUACGCCCAGGGCGUAUCCCUAGGCGAGGAGCUCGGAAAGAUUCUGGGGCAGGUGGUGGCCCAGCAGCAGCUAAAACACACGGACAAGGUGCGUCGAAGCUUGGAACAGUUGCGUUCGCUCAUCGAGGAGUUUCCCCGCACCAACGAUCCGCAGGCGGAUAUAGUGGGUGCUGUGCAGGACAUUCGCUCCUUCCACCGUCGUCUUCGCGCCCAGCUGGGAUCCAAGAAAACACCUGGUGCAGCGCCUGCAGAGCCCAAUUCUGUCGAGCACAAGGACUACAGCUUUUAGCAUGUCCAAGGUGGGAGUUGUGCAGU